AUGAAUAUUCUAAAUGAUUAGCAAUCACACGCAAUCAUCUUAGACCCAGGAUAACAUACAUAAUUUUUAUUCAUAAGUAAAUUCACAACAAAAAGGAAACCCUAAAUUAAACAUAAAUUUUUGAAUCGAUUGGAUAUAAACUUUACGAUCAUUAAUUUGGUAUGUUUGCUAAUAUUUUAUUUUUCAUUGGUCUAUUCAAAAGAAUAUCCAAGCGAAGAACUUUAUGAUCAAUUUAUUUUCAAUCAAAAUCAAGGAAUUAUUGAAGACAUUAUUUUUCUGAAUUCUAGCAUUCGAUGCCCAUCAUAAGUAAUAUAUAUUAUAUGAUUUUAGUAUGAAUCUCUUUUCAAUUAUAAUUGGCCAGGCACUUAUGUAGGUUGCGACUGUACUCAAAAAUUAUCCCCACAAGAAAUAUCGAGUUAAGCAAUAUUUACAGAGAACUUUAAGAAGCAAAGGUAAUGUGAGUAAUCAGAAUUGUAAAGAGGAUGCAAGACUGUUUUUGAAAUUAAAGAGAAGAGCUUAAUAUUGCUGAAUGAUAACAAUUAUUCUAAACGUAAGUAAUGAAAUAUAUUUAGCAUUCCUAUUAUGUGCCAAAAGAAAUUACAAUAUAUCCUUAAGAUUUAAUUUUACUUACUGUCAACUAGAAAAUAAGACUAUAUGUGGAUCUGGAGAAUAAACUUAUUGUCUUCCACCUGAAGUAGAAUGUCCAAUCUCAGAAAUCGGAUUUACUACUAAUUUUGACAGUAUGAAUUCGAAUUUUAAAAAUAACACAAAACUUGGGAAAAGUUUUAAUGUGUCCAAUCGACUUCAAUUUUAUUAUACCAAGAAUUAAACCUACAUGCCUAUAUCCUAAGUCUAAAUCACAGAGACUGAUGGAGUUUGUAAAUUAAAUUCACAAAAUAAUAUAUCUCCUAAUCGGUCUGAUUAUUACCUUAUGAAGAUUUAACGAAAGAAUUGUUAAGAAAACGAUACUUAAUUUAAAAUUGUUAAUCGUAUUAGUGAAGAUCAAUUCUAUCUAGCCAAUAAUUUAUUGUACUUAAAUCGCUCAUUGUCUUAUUUUAAGACGAAUAGUUCUAUCAUUUGGUCCUUGCAAACUAAAUCCUACACUUAAAUUAGAGACAAUUGUUAAUAUGGAUCGGAAGAUAGGAUUUCUCAAUAUGAAUAGUUUUUAAGAAAGAUAGAUCUUCAGGGCUAUCGUAAUCUAAGAUACGUUACUUCUUUCCUAAUCAUACCAAUUUUAUUAUUGAUUAUAAAGUUGUUUCAAACAGAAAUUGAAGAUAUUGAAAUAAGUAAGCUCAGAAAAAUCGAAAGAUCUUAAAUAAUUGUUCUUUUAGUUUUAAGAUUUGUUAAAUUAUCAAUCCACUUUUCAAUAUUUGCAAUCGGUUUAAAUUAUGAUUUAAAAUUAAAUCAAUAUAUAGAAUAUUUUACAGACUUUAUUAGUUCAUAAUGCAUAGUGACAGAAUUGGCUUCUAACAUCUACGAUUUUGAAUAGCUUUCAGAUUCAUUUUUGUUUAGAAUUUGUUUUAUAUUGCUCUUAUAUGUUGCAUAAAUUUGUUAAGGUGUAUACUUUCUUUGGUAAAUUUGGAAGAUUAUACCUAUAUGUAGAGAUGAUAUUCUACCAAAAAAUAAAGUUUUACCUGAACCUGAAUCUUUUGUCGAACCUCAGAAUGAAAAUUCUAAUUAGUAAAAUCCUACAAACUUAUCGAAAAAUUCUUAAUGCAAAGACAACCCAAGUUAAAGUGAACAAGAAAGCCCUUUAAAGUUAAAUUAGGAUUGAAUCCCAUAUUAAAUCAAUAUUGUAUUAUUAAUCAAAUACCAUCUUCAUUGAAGAAAUCACAAAAAAAUCAUAUAUUCUUUCAAUUUA